CGCGAUCUGGUCCUCUACAACCAAAAGGAAUAAAAUAAAAUAAAAUUAGUCCACUACAAUCAAAAGAAAUAAAACAAAAUAAAAUAAAAUUAAUGGUACGCUUCCAUCAAUAAUUGUUUGCGGGCCUAGUUUGGUCAUAGGCCUCAUAGCCGAAAGAUCUCUCUUCCUUCUUUUCGCGAUUUCCCAUACUUGGUUGUUAAACUUUGUCACCCGUUAAUAUAUUAUUGGCCCAACGGUAUCCCAACGCUACAAAAUUCAAAUUAAAUGAUUAACAACUUUUCACAAUUUUAUUGAAUUUAUUUUUUCUACAUAUUUCUUUGUUCAAUUAUUUUCCUCCCAAAACUAAACAAAAAUACAUAAUUAUAAUGGGUGGUCGCACCACCUAUCUCCCCUUCAUCGUAGCAGCAGCUCUGAUCUUCUGCUACGCAACCGUAUCGUUACCAUAUACCUUUACAGAUGAUAAUCCGAUCAGAGUCGUAUCGGACGGUCUACAACGUUUGGAUUCCAGAACUAUCGAAGCCAUUUAUCAAUUUGGAGAUUCAAUUUCAGAUACGGGCAACUUUAUACUUGAAAAUCCACAAUCUUCCUUCGCAAAAUUACCGUAUGGAAAAACUUUCUUCCACAAGCCAACCGGUCGUUGUUCAGAUGGACUUCUUAUGAUUGACUAUAUUGCCGAGUUCUUUAAGCUGCCAUAUCUUGAUCCGUAUCUUAACAAAGAUGGUAACUUUAGUCAAGGGGUUAACUUUGCUGUUGCUGGAUCGACUGCACUCAACACCUCUACAUUAGCUAAGAACAAUAUUAGUUAUCACGCCACAAAUAGCUCCUUAUUUGUGCAGCUUGAUUGGUUUAAGUCCCAUCUUCAUUCCAUUUGCUCUAGUCCUUCAGAAUGCAAGGGCAAACUCUCAAAGGCACUCAUUAUGAUGGGUGAAAUUGGAGGAAAUGACUAUAAUUGGGCCUUUUUUCAAAAAAUGUCAAUAACAGAAAUCUAUAAACUAGUGCCUCAAGUUGUGCAAGCUAUAAAAUUGGCCAUAAAGGAAGUGAUUAAGCUCGGUGCCAUUCGAAUUGUUGUCCCGGGAAACUUUCCCAUUGGUUGUAUGACCAUUUACCUAAACAAGUUUAAAACAAACGACGAAAGUAUGUAUGACGACCUCCAAUGUCUAAAAGAUUUGAAUUCUUUUGCGGAUUUUCAUAACAAUAAACUACAAGAAGCUAUUAAAGAAGUUCACAAGGAUCACCCGGAUGUAACAAUUGUGUACGCGGACUAUGUUUCAGCCUUACUAGAACUUCUCGAACACGCUACCUCCUAUGGGUUUGACAAGGAUGUUAUGCUAGAUGCUUGUUGUGAUAAUUGUGGAAAUGAAGGAAUUCCGGUUUGUCAAGAUCCUUACAAACGCGUAAGUUGGGAUGGAGUGCAUUUGACUCAACAUGCUUAUCAAGUUAUGUCACAAUGGUUAAUAAAACAUACUAAUGGUUUCAAUGACAACUCUAGCGUUAAACGUUUGAAGUUUUCUUUUCUCUUCUUAAUUUUUUCUUCACUAAGUACAUUUAUAAGUUUGGGAUAAAAGAAAGUUUGUUAUACAACUUUUUUUUUUUUUUUAGAAUGUUAAUUACACAGUUCUAGAGAAUGAUAGCAUUUUUUUCCCUAAUAUUAUUAUCUAUUGUAUUGCCUAAUAGAGUUUAUAUCCCCUUUGACAAGAUCAAGUAGGAGUAUUUACAAAUUUGUUGUAGUA